GAUACGCGGGCUCACGUGGCUUCUCCUGCCGGCCUUAAGCCCCUCUCUCCUCCUCCCUUCCCCCUUUCCUUUUGCCCAGUCUCCCCUUUAGAAUUAGCGGCGUUCCUUUUCCAGUCCCAGCCGCCGCAAAGCAGGGCGGGGGCGCCGCGGCAUUUUUACGACACCGGCGGCGGGUAGAUACCUCGUCCCUCUUUCCUCCGGCCUAGGCGCAAUGUUCGGGGUUGGGGACGAGGAUGACGCCGACUUCCUCUCCCCCAGCGGCGGUGCUAAAUUGGCCUCUCUCUUUGGAUUGGAUCAGAUGGUUGUGGACCAUGGAAAUGAAUUCUUCCAGUAUACAGCUCCAAAGCAGCCUAAGAAAGGCCAGACAAUAACAGCAACUGUAAAUCAGCCAGCACAGAAAACUCCUCUGACUACAGCCUCUGUUGGCACUUCUACAGUCCUAGCUGCCACAGCUGUCCAUGCAUACCGAUUCACAAACGGUCAGUAUGUGAAGCAAGGAAAAUUUGGUGCUGCAGUCCUGGGGAACCACACUGCCAAAGAGUACAGGAUUCUUAUUUACAUAAGUCAGCAACAGCCAGUCACCUCUGCCAGGAUUCAUCCAAACUUUGAACUGACGGUACAGCCGAACAACUAUAGCACCUUUUAUGAUGACCAGAGACAAAAUUGGUCCAUGAUGUUUGAGUCAGAAAAGGCUGCAGUGGAUUUCAAUAAACAGAUAUGCAUUGCCAAAUGUAACAGUGUAUCCUCCUUGGAAGUUGUGUUGAGCCAGGAUCUUACUAUAGGAGAGGGUCCAUGUGUUGAAGUUGGUAAUUCUUUGGAGGUGGCCUAUACGGGCUGGCUCUUCCAGAAUCAUGGACUAGGCCAGGUAUUUGACUCUUCUGUUAACAAGGAUAAACUGCUUCGAUUAAAGCUGGGAUCAGGAAAAGUCAUUAAGGGCUGGGAAGAUGGAAUGCUCGGCAUGAGGAAAGGAGGGAAAAGGCUUCUCAUUAUUCCUCCAACAUAUGCUUAUGGCUCUGAAGGUAUAAGUGGACAUAUUCCAUCAGAUUCGACCCUGGUAUUUGAGGUGGAAGUCAGAAGGGUGAAAUUUGCCAAAGAUUCUGGCUCUGAUGGGCACAGCAUUAAUUCCCAUGAUUCUGCAACUCCUUCUCCAACACCUGGUGCUGAUAACUUUAGUGCUGAACCAGUAUUACUGCCACCCACUGCAGUGCCUUUUAAACCUGGAGAGCCAGCUGUUCGAACCAAGUCGAACUCCAUCAGUGAGCAACUUGCGAAUCCUGAUGUGACCAAAGCUAAGCUUAUCUCUAGGAUGGCUAAAAUGGGACAGCCCAUGCUACCCAUUGUUCCUCCCCACCUAGACUCCAGUGAUUCCGAGAUUGAGGACCUGAAUGCCCUAAGAGGAACAGGUCCUCACAUGAUGACUUCAUCUGUCCAUCCCUCUUCUGAGCCAUCCCAUGUACCACUGCGGCCAAGGACUUCACCAACAUCUCAGCAAUCAGUCCCUGGGAUCCAAGCACCCUCUGCUGCCUUAAUGCCAAUUGCAACUAUUCAGUCUCAUCCAAAUCUGCCUGGAAAUUCCCAGUCCUUUCAGCCCUAUGCAGGUAUUCAGGCCUGUGCCUAUCACCAGAAUGCUACCCCAGUCACUUCCCAGCUACAGCCUGUGGGACCCAUGUAUGCAGCACCACUUUCUCAGACUCCACAUUUUCAAGGCUCAGCUGAUAUUGCUUCAUUUCUCAUGACCGAAGCUCGGCAGCACAACACUGAAGUCCGAAUGGCAGUGAGCAAGGUGGCUGAUAAAAUGGACUAUCUUGCUGCUAAGGUGGAAGAAUUACAGAAGCACAGUGCUAGCAACUCUUUGCUCCUUCCUAGCUUAUCAGUUAGCAUGGAAACAAGUAUGAUUAUGAGCAACAUUCAAAGGAUCCUUCAGGAAAAUGAAAAAUUGAAGCAGGAGGUCCUUGAGAAGAAAAAUCGGAUAGAAGAACAAAAUGACAAGAUUGCUGAUCUGAUUGAACGCAGUCAGAGGUAUGUGGAGCAGAGUAACCUGCUGAUGGAGAAGAGGAACAGCACUCUUCAAAUAGCCACUGAAAACACACAGGCAAGAGUAUUGCAUGCUGAGCAGGAGAAGGCUAAGGUCGCAGAAGAGUUGGCAUCAGUGACUGCCCAGGUCUCCAGUCUGCAGCUGAAACUGACCACUCAGCAGAAGAAGGAAACAGACCUGCAGAUGCAGCUGACAGAAAGCCUGAAGGAAGCAGAUCUCCGGGAGGCUCAGAUUAGCCAAUUGCAGGCACAGAUCACAGAACUCCAGGAAACAUCAGAGCAAGCUCAGUCCAAAUUUAAAACUGAAAAGCAAAGCCGCAAGCAGUUGGAACUGAAGUUGGCAGCUCUAGAGGAAGAGCUGACUGACCUUCAAGCUGAGAAAGAAUCUCUGGAAAAGACCCUCUCAGAGAGGAGGAAGAAGUCUGCCCAGGAGCGAAGCCAGGCUGAGGAAGAGAUUGAUGAAAUUCGAAAAUCACACCAGGAAGAAUUAGAAAAACUUCGACAACUCCUGAAACAGGCUCAAGUGUCUACAGAUCAGACAGCUGCUGAACAGGUAUCUCUGAUGCAAGCUGAACUGAAAUCCCAGUGGGAAGCCAGGUGUGAGCACUUGUUGGCAUCUUCCAAGCAUGAACAUUUGAAAGAGUACCAAGAAGUGUGUGAGCAGAGAAAUGCUACUCAGCAGAAACUCACUCAUCUGGAAGGAAAGCUCGCUGUGCUGGAGCAGUCUCGAGGUGUAGAGGAGAAGAAGCUUUCUGAAUACCAAGAGCUGGCAGAGCAGAAGCAAAAGGAGUGUGUAGCCCUCCACUCCAAAAUUGAUACCCUAAGAGUUCACUAUGAGCAGCGGAUUCAGGAGCUAGAGAAACAGAAAACACAAGAAAUUGAACAUGGAUCAGAAGCACCAGACACUUCAGAGAAGGUAAAGAAGAUCAUGAACCGAGUGUUCCAGUCUCUGAGGGGAGAAUUUGAGUUGGAAGAGUCCUAUGAUGGCAGGACCAUUCUGAGCAUUGUCAUGAAUACGAUCAAGCUGGAGACGCUGCUACUGUUGGUUCCCCAGGAGCCAGAACAGGAGAGCAGCAGUGAGGAGGAAGAAGAGCAGCCCCAGAAAGCAUCUCAAGAGCACUCGGCCCCAACCAUUCCAACUCCAGCUCUUAGAACCCUGGAUCAAGAGGAGGUCAAGCAGACAGCUAAACCAGUGGAGCAGGAAGACAAGCCAGAGAGUCCACCACCUAAGGCCUUUGAGACACUGAAUGGGAUGGAGGAAAGGUACCACAGGGAUGGGAUUUCAGAGGCAGAGAAAAGUCUCCCACGAGGGUCAGCUAGAGUUCCAUCUCAAGGUAUUCCAGGGCCCCCAACGUCGAUUCCACCCAUGCCACCACUUCUUGGAGGUUCUGUAGUCUGGGAACCUGAGGGUGAAGACAUACCUGUUGAUAACAAGAUGAAACAUCACCAGAGCAGCCUGUCAGAAGCCUCAGGUAACCCAAGACAGGAGAGUGAGCAAAUUUUGCAACCAAGAAGCCGGCAGGCUGUAAGCCACAGGGAAGAGGAUCCAUUGUCAGUGGAGCUUGAACAUUCAAGAAAAGAACUGAAACCUCCCCUGAAAGAUGAAGAGGAGGAUUGCCCCGCUGUCAUGACCAGAGCCACCAAGGAGCAGUUGGGUACAGAUGUACAUUUUGCAGAACCAGUAGCCACCCUCAGACCUAGCCAUGGGCACCAGAAUGCCAGUUUCACAGAUGGCGAUGAAGAUUGCUUCUUUAAAGGGGCAACAUCAAAAGCAUCAAAGCCAAUUCCAUUGCCUGAUGAUGAGGAUGAAGAUGAAGUGAGCAUGAAGGGACACCCACCCCCAGCACCCCUUUUCGGGGAUGAUGACGAUGAUGAUGACCUUGACUGGCUGGGAUGAAGACUUGAGAGAUAAUACAGAGGUCUUUCAGCCUGCCCUACUCUGCCUUUCUCUUUCUGAGCACUAUUUUGCACAGCUGACCCUGGUUCUGGGUGGGCAACAGGAUAAGGUCCAGAAUUUCUUAACCCUCUCCAGAUCUUAAGUUUUUGGCCCAUCCCAGUAAGCAUUGGGGACAGCAUCCUUCCAUCUGGGGGCAUUCCCCUCAGUGUCUGGUGCUGUUGGUGCAGAAAGCCUUUGGCAUUUUACUGUCCACACACAUCUUUUCUAAGUAAUAAAGCAAAUGGAACUCUGAUCUCCAGCAGCUCCUUUGAAAUAAUCCUGUGAUACCUUCUUCUACUAGGAGAUGCAACUAUAGCUCCUAGUCCUUUUUUUCCCCCUCCCUGGGCAGAGACCCUAUAGAGUAUCCUACUGAGAACCAGAUUCUGAGCUCUGCACCAGAAAGCAUUUCCCAGUGACAAAGCCUCACAGCCCUCUGCACUGAUCAUUUGCUGUUGAAAAGGAACAUGGCUUUGCCCUUGGAAUUUUGUUUCACCAAAAGUGCUGCUGCUGCUGGCCAUUGGAAUGAUUGGACUCUGGUCUCCUCCUGUCACACCGAUUUAGUGAGUUCGUCCUUUCUGUAAGUAAGGCCAAAGCUGAAGUUGGUAGGCACUGUGCAUAGCAGGAUAGCAGGAGUACCAACAUUGGAGAGGAAGAGUUAAAACCUCAGAAGAAUUGCUUUUCUUUUGUUGGAGGACCUUUGAUUAUCUCUCCUGCCCAGCCCUAAAACCAGCUGCUGUCAGUCAGCUUGUCCCCAUCUCUGCCUUGUUAAAUGUGCUUCAUGGAACCCGUUGCUGUGUUACUAAGCCUCCUCCUUGCUAAUUCUAAGAUGGAACCAAAUAGGAUCUUGGCCUGUCUGAGCCAGUGAGCCUCACUGUACUAAUCUGUGACCUUAAAAUUUCUUACUGACAACACAUAGGUAAUGCCCACCCCCACCCCAUGGAAAUUCUGUAUCCAGUGCAAUGGACUUCAUCCAGCUGACCACCUUCCUACAUUAGGAGUUCAAUCCUAGGCUCUCAAAUGUCUUUUUCUCUGCCUUAAAUCUGAUAUUAUAUAUUAAUGAAUAUUUAAGAUUAACAAACAAAAUAAAAGUCAGCAAUGGAACUCAGUCUCUAAAUGCUCUGGGAUGAAAUCAACUUUGGUUCUAAUGGUUUCGCCCUAUUCUCAGAAGGAAUUAAAUGCUGGGGGGUGGGAGGGAGUUAGAACUGGGCAGGAGCCCGUUCUUAAAUUCUUUGCAAACCAGGUAAUUUUAAACUGAUUAUUUUUGUUUUGUUUUUUUUCCUUUGGAAAUCCAUGGGAUUACCCAGUUUUGUAUUUUUAGGACAGUUCUCAUCCUAGCAGAUUGCUCUGGUUUAUUCUGGGCAUUCAAAGAAAAGGGAGAGCUUACCAUUUUCCCCUGAGCCUGUGGGCCUUACUGUGCACAGUGCCUUGCAUAUAGUAGGAAAUCAAUAAAUGUUUGACUGUUGAAUGAAUAAAUGAAGCCAAGAGCAUCUUAGCAUCUGGGGCUCAUGACCAGAUAUGUGCAAAAAUAUGUGCAGAGCUCAUUACCUAAAUCAAAAAAAGUCAAUGAUGGAAUGGUGUUUCAUCGAAUUUUAGCCCAUAGGCCAUCUACUGUAACCUUUCUUCUCCAGUGCAAACUCCUUGCAGUGAACUUUACAGUGACUGCAAAAGAGAGGGUAUAGCUAGAGGGUCUCCAGAGCUCACUUCUCCAUUGUUGCAACCCCUGGACUAUGGACCAUUUUGGGUGCAGCUUGGGCUCCAAGUUGUCUGGACACAGCCAGAAACUGGUGAUGAAAAGAGAUCGAUAACUAGUUUCUUGUUUAUGAUAUCUUCCAUGGACCAUGCAACCAGCAUGGACCCACAGCUGUAGGGCUUUUUAAUUAAAAUGAAAACUCUGAUAGUAAAGUCUGAUUUGUGUGUUUCCCAAAAGCUGCUAAAUUUCUUGUUCCAAUUAAAGGUGGUAUGCAUAUGACAGCCUGAGGGGCCACAUGCCCCUUACUGCCCCUAAACUCCUUCCCUGAGUAAUGGUCUUUCAUGUGCUGUGCUGGUUGCAGUACGAAUGAGAUUCGGUCCCUGCCCUCUGAGGGUGUAAAAUGAGAAAUCAAAAACAUUGCUAGAGAGAAACUUUAUAAAGAGACGUGGAAAAACACCAAAAUGAUUAUAAAUGAAAUAAAAUAUUUGCAGUACGAA